CUAAACUUUCGAAACGAUUGGGAGAAUAAGAGAAUCCAAAUUCGAGUUAUGCAUCAUACUGUUUUCACACAUUUUGUCGAGCUUCGGUGCGCAAAUCGUAGACGUGGAACAGAGGGGUGCCUCUGUGAUAUCCCACCUCUUUUUUGCUGACGACUCUAUCUUUUUUGCUAAUGCCACAAUAAAUGAGAGUUUGGAGCUAAGGUGUAUCCUACAAGAUUAUGAAAAGGAGUCAGGCCAGUUGGUGAGCCUUGAGAAAUUGUAAGUCAUGUUUGGGGCGAGUGUGCGGCCUCAUCAGCGCCUCCAAUUGGGUGCUAUCCUGGGUAUGCGUAUUGUUGAGAAACACGAUAAAUACCUAGGGUUGGUGACACAUGUAGGUCGUUCGAAGAAGGAGCUAUUCACUUUCCUGAAGGAGAGAGUUCGGAAGACGCUUGCGGGGUGGAAGGAAAGGAUAAUGUUGAUUGCGGCAAGGGAAGUCCUCAUCAAGUCAGUUGCCCAAGCACAGUUGACGUAUGCAAUGUCGAUUUUCAAGAUACCGGACGGGAUUAUAGAUGACAUUCAUCGUAUGAUCAUGCGAUUCUAGUGGGGUCAAAAAGGUGAAGAGACAAGGAUCCCUUGGAUAGCUCGAGAAAGCCUGAUUGGACCGAAACCGAAAGGAGGAAUGGGUUUACGUGAUCUCCAGGGUUUUAACAUCUCCCUUCUUGCGCGCCAGCUUUGGAACCUCUACUAGCGACGCUAAGCUAGGUCAUCGGCCAAGCUAUGUGUGGAGAAGCCUUAAGAGUGCUCAGGAGUUCUGGUGGCGGGGCUUAGGUGGAGGACUGGAAACGGUACGUCUGUGCGGGUUUGGGGUGAUCGAUGGAUUCCGACGGCUCCGGGAUAUAUCAUUCAGUCCGCCUCUAUGGGGCUGCCAGUUGAUGCAUCGUUCGGGGACUGAUAUGAUCCAAAUUGGCCACUUCUACAAGUCACAAUUACUUACCAAAGAAGCUAUCAAGGUUGGAAAGAAGAAAGGCAGAAUUUGGCUAAGUCAAAAUUCGUGUUCAUGUUACAUACUUUGGAGGCAUGGUUCUCUAAAUUGGCUUGGUGGAAAUUCCAGUUCAAGGGUUUGUAUUGUAGAUAAAGUGCCCAUUUUUCCAAUGAUAUGCUUUUUGAAGCCAGAUGAUGUCAUUAAGAUUGUUUUCCAAGACCUCAAAGUUGCUACCUCAAAACUGGAAAACUGCCAGAAAAUGGUUAAGUCUGGAAACUGUUUUGUGAAGCCUACUUUGGAGCUCAGUUCAAGGAGCAUGGAUCUGAUUCGAGACCAAAUGCUUCUACAACAUCAAACUAGGUAUGUUUGUGAACAAAGGGAAGGAAUUGGAUGAAGAAUUGGAGUUCGGGAAGGCCUCGAACGAAAGGCGCGAAGUUAGUAAGAAGGCUGCUUUUGGACUGUUGCGGGCAGCUUUCUUGCACUUGAAGAAAGAGUUUAAAUCCGAAUUUUGAGUCCUUUUUAGAGUAGAUUUUUACCUUAAUUGUUUCCUAGUUCUAUUAGGGUUGUAUUAGGUUUAUUUGCCUUUAAAUACCUUUCUACUUUCGUUGUAAAACUCAGAGUUGAUUGAAUAGAAAAGAAACCGUUUGGUUUUGCAAGUUUGCAAACUUGUUUUGGGUUUGGUGGAUUCCAAACUUGCUGAGCUUGUGUAUCGAUUGAAUAGUCACUUCAAUCGUGCUCGAGCAACUACCCUUUUAUACCAAUCGAGCUAUCCCCAGGUGUGGAUUUGUCCUUUUGGUUCCGUUUUAUCCAAGUUCGUAUUAAGAAAGCUUCGUUCUUGAUUCGAGCUCAAUCGAUUCUUCGAUUGAGUCGUUAGCUGCGUGACUUUGAUAACAUACACCCCCCCAGGGGCGUAUCAAGUGGUAUCAGAGGCCCGUUCAACACAGGGCCAAGGAAGAAACGAGAGGGUUGUGUUCUCGUACGAAUUCAGAACACACAAAACAGAGGAGCAGCAGAGUGUUGUAAUUCGAAUUCCAAUUGAAGAGCAGACGAUGGGGACUCAGCAAAUAGACAUGGAAGAGUUUA